UCUUCCUUUCUUUCAAACCACCUCAAACUUCAAAGUUCUAUCUAUUUUGAUUGCUUGCCUAUUCAGAAGCUUCCUUCUACCACUGUCCUUGUUGGUUAAGACCUUACUCUGUUCUUGACUCACCCCAUACACCCACACACCCACACACCCACAUACCCACAUACACCUCAUACAAACAAAGGACUCCUAGGAGUCUCGCACAGGGUCACAUACUCACACCCUGUCUCGCAACCCCAUUACAAUCAAUUCGUUCCCGUAUUCCUUCUAAGAGGUUCCAUUGCUAUCACCAAUUGGCACUUAGCUACCAUGGCAUCCUACAGCACGCAAUACUACACCGCCGCGGCGGUACCCAUUCCCAGCAAAGCAGACCAGUACCAUCAGUACCAGAGCGGUGGUAGCAACUACUCUGUAUCUCCGUCUGAGGAUGACCAGCGCGAGCGUGACGCCUCCGUCACCUCUGGUGUACCUUCCUACGGCAACAGCAGCAACGCCGCGAGUUAUGCUACCAGCUACACUAGUGGCGACUACGGCGAUGGAACACAGAGCGGCGGCUCUGUCAACGGCGUUGACUUCAACGAGUACAUGCAAAACCGCUUUGACGAGUCCUUCGACCCCAUCCCGCUAGAUCGCAGCUUGGCUCGCCAGGCCCAGACUUCCGGUCAACUCAACAACAAGCACCGCGAACUUUUAGAAAUGCAAGCAAAAGCGCAAGCUCGUCUAGCCAGGUCGCGCGCUCGCUUCCAGCAAGGUCUAAACGACGCGCGGGAAGUCCACGCUGAUCUAGAAUGGACAUCUAAGAAAGUAUCGUCGCUGAAAAAGAAGGCAGAGAAGCACCACCCCAAGGAGUACCAGAAGGCGCUUGAAAUAUAUCCCUCACCUAACUAGGCAUUAAGAAGUAGUCUUUUCUUUUUUUUCUAUUCCUGCGUAAUCCGCCCGGGAACGUGUUUUUAUACCUAUACCAUGGUUUUCUACACAUGUCGUUUACUUUAGCUUUUUAGCGGCUGAAUUACGGAAUGGGGGUGGGCGGGCUUGCUGUUACCACGCGAGAUCUGGGGGUUGGGCAUGCAAGAUCUGUCGGGAUCGUUUCUAUCUGCGAUCUCCUUAUGCACACUCCCCCCCCCCCUAAAAAGAUGGCGGAGGAGACGGAAGCUGGUUUGACGCUUGGGCGAGUAGGGCAGCAAAAAUAGACGCCUGUCUAUCUCUGCUCCUCAAGCUC